AUGGCGACAUCUUCGUCGUUCCAGCCGCCUCUUCCUCUCGCAGCGGCUCUCGCACCCAAUCACCCCUACUACAUCAGCUCCGGUGAUUCCUCGACGACGCAGCUCGUGUCCAUCGUGCUCACCGGGCCGAACUACCACUCUUGGGAGAGAUCCAUGCGAUUUGGCCUCCUGUCGAAGAACAAGCUCGCGUUCAUCGAUCCUGCCGUUCCGACGCCGCCGCCGGGAGAUCCUCUUUACACUGCAUGGCAGCAGUGCGACACGAUGGUGCUCGGCUGGAUCAUUCGUUCCCUCGCUCCAGAUAUCGGUCAGAGCGUCCUCUGGCUCAACUCAGCGGUCGAGGUCUGGAGAGAUCUCAGCGAGCAUUUCAGCAUCACCGAUCUUGUUCGCAUCGCCGACCUACAGGAUGAGGUCUUCACUCUUAAGCAAGGCAGUAUGUCUGUGAGUGAGUUUUUUACCAAGCUUAGGGUUCUUUGGGACGAGUUGAUGACAUAUCUUCCGAUUAGGUCUUGCUCAUGCGUUCCUAAGUGUUCUUGUGCUGAAUAUGCGAGGUCUGAUAAGAUUAUUAGGUUCUUGAGAGGUCUUGGUGAGGAUUUUGAGUCUGCUCGUUCCUCGAUCUUGUUGAUGGAUCCUCUUCCUCCUAUCAACAAGGUUUUCUCCACGAUUGUUCAGUUUGAGCGUCAGAAUAGGAUCUCUACCACUGUUAGCUCUAAUCCUUUGGCUUGUGCAGUCCAGAACAAUCAGUAUAAGGGCCAUAAUCAGUCUAAGCGUCCUGUAUGUUCUUUUUGUGGAUUAACUGGUCAUACCAUAGAUAAGUGCUUCAAGAAGCAUGGUUAUCCCCCUGGUUACAAAGGGAAGUCUAGGGUUAAUGCUGUUGUUAGUGAGUCUACUGAUGGUUCUGUUUCUGUUGAGAACGGGAGUCAUACUUCCGAUUCCAUUGUCCUCACACAGCAGCAGUACCGGGCUUUGGUUGCUCAGCAACUCUCAGUGAGUCAGCCACCUUCUGCCUCUGUCCCUCAUGUCCCAGUGGCCAAUGCUUUUACAACUGGAGGUGCUACUGUUGAUCCUGCUGCACCUUCCUCCUCUGGAGCCAUGGAUUUGGAGAUAGAUGCUCUUCUUCGAACUAAUACAUUCAUAGUCGUGCCAAAGCCACCAGAUGUAAAACCCAUUGGCAACAAAUGGGUUUACAAGGUAAAGUUUCAUUCUGAUGGAACAGUUGAGCGUGAAAAAGCUCGACUUGUUGCCAAAGGAUACACUCAAACCCCAGGCAUAGAUUACUUGGAUACAUUCUCUCCUGUAGCCAAGUUAUCUACUGUCCGAUCUCUGCUUGCCUUAGCCUCCAUAAAGGGUUGGCAUUUACAUCAACUAGAUGCAAAUAACGCCUUCCUUCAUGGAGAUUUAGUUGAGGAUGUUUAUAUGAAACUGCCAUUAGGACUCAAAAUACCUGGUGACACUUCUAAUUUGGUUUGCAAAUUAAACAAAUCACUCUAUGGCCUUAAACAAGCCAGUAGACAAUGGAAUCAUAAACUCACAGAAUUUCUUUUACAGUCUGGUUACACUCAAUCAAAGGCUGAUUACUCUUUGUUUACCAAACGACAAGAUGGUCUGUUUCUUGCUGUUUUGGUUUAUGUUGACGAUAUCAUUCUAGCUGGUGAUUUUCUAAGUGAAAUAGAGUCUCUCAAACAGAAGUUAGAUGAUGCUUUUAAAAUCAAGGAUCUUGGUAACCUUAAAUAUUUUCUCGGUCUUGAAAUAGCUAGAAAUGAAACUGGGAUAUCAAUCUGUCAACGCAAGUAUGUGCUAGAUCUAUUAAAUGAUUCUGGUUUGCUUGGUGCCAAACCUGUGGCUACCCCUUGUAAUCCAGGUGUUAGGCUUUCAAUUAAAUCUGGUGUUCCUUUAGAAGAUUCUUCUGUUUACAGAAGAUUAGUUGGUCGUUUAUUGUGCCUAUGCAAUACACGCCCUGACAUUGCUUUUGCUGUCCAUCAAUUGACUCAGUUUAUGAAUGCCCCGACUGAUGUUCAUAUGGCAGCAGCCCAUAGAGUCUUACAUUAUCUGAAAGGUUCUUCUGGUCGUGGUUUAUUUUUUCCAUCAAAUACUGAUCUAACACUUAAAGCCUUUUCUGAUAGUGACUGGGCAGGUUGUCCUGAUUCCAGAAGGUCUACAACAGGUUUUUGUGUUUUUCUAGGUGGUUCCCUGAUCUCUUGGCAUUCCAAGAAGCAACAGACCAUCUCUCAAUCAUCAACCGAGGCUGAGUAUCGAGCCAUGGCUGAUCUUACUUGUGAAAUUCAGUGGUUCAAUUACUUAUUUGCAGAUUUAGGGAUUUUAUUCAAUAAGCCUACUGCCAUGUUUUCUGAUAGUCAAUCUGCUAUUAGAAUAGCUGAGAACCCCGUUGCUCAUGAGCGCACUAAGCACAUUGAGUUAGAUUGCCAUUUGACAAGGGAUAAACUUGCUUCUGGAUUGAUUAAACUCUUACAUGUUUUGACUUCUGACCAGAUUGCUGACCUGUUUACCAAAUCUUUGCCCACUGCUGUGUUUUCAGAUCUUGUGUCCAAGCUGGGCACUCUUGACAUACAUGCUCCAGCUUGA